AUGGCAUCCCUGGGAGCGAAAUUGAAAUUUGUGAUCACUGCGGGCGUUGGGUUCUUCGCAGAUGGCUAUCUCAACCUGACAAUUGGACUUGUGGUACCAAUUCUGGGUUAUCUAUAUUUCCAAGAUGGCAAGGUACCGACAGUUGACAGCGACAUCAUGAAAGGUGGCCUGAGUCUAGGCAUGGUAGUGGGCCAGCUUCUUUUUGGGGUUCUAAGUGAUGUUUGGGGUCGCCACACUGUUUAUGGUAAAGAGCUUCUUCUCACUAUAUGUGGAACCCUGAUGGUAGUCUUGUUGCCUUGGAGCCGGAUGUCGGCCCAGUCUGUGACAGCAUGGGUUGCAAUAUUUCGUGUUGUGACUGGUGUGGGAAUUGGAGCUGACUAUCCAUUAUCUUCAUCUUUGGCGGCAGAAAAGUCACCAUUUGGUUCUCGUGCUGUGCAAGUGUUGACCGUCUUCUCAAAUAUUGGCCUUGGUAAUAUUGCAGCCAGCAUCGUGUUUCUUAUCUUGCUCAAGGCAUUCGAGGAGUCAAUAGCCAACAGCCUGAGCCAACUCCAAUGGGUCUGGCGUCUGCUAUUGGGCAUUGGAAUUGUACCAGCGCUCUUCACCCUCUAUGCUCGGUUGACGAUCACGGAGACACCGGCCUACAAGCAAUAUGUCUGUGAUGACGCUUCUGGGCAGGAACGCACAUUCAAGAAGCAGUGGGAAGACUUUUGCGAGUACUUCAGUCACUGGAAACACGCCAAAGUGCUAUUCGCGACAGCAGCUUCCUGGUUCUUGUUUGAUAUCGCAUACUAUGGUAUCAAUCUCAACCAAAGCAUUAUACUGGCAAGAAUCGGUUAUGCGAAUGGAGAAACACCAUGGAAAACGCUAUACAAUACCGCUGUGGGUAAUAUAAUCAUUCAGACAGCAGGCUAUCUCCCCGGAUUCUAUGUCGGAAUCUUCCUUCCUGAUCGUAUCGGUCGUGUACGCCAACAAUUCUGGACCUGUAUCAUGGUGUGCAUCCUUUAUGCCAUAUGGGCUGGGAUCAGCACACAGAGUGCGCAAACCCCGACAGCUGCCUUGAUGAUCAUCUUUGGGCUGUCGCAGUUUUUGCUGACUGUUGGCCCCAAUUGCACAACAUUCCUGAUUCCCGCUGAAGUGUUUCCCACGCGUGUUCGAGGCACAGCGCAUGGAAUAUCUGCUGCUGCUGGAAAAUGCGGCGCAAUUUUGACUGCAUUUGCUUUCGGUACUAUUGAGGAUACAAUCGGCUUGGGGGGUGUUCUUGGGUUGUUCUCGGGGAUCAUGCUGCUCACUGCUCUUGUAACCUUGAUGAUACCCGAGACCAAGGAUCAAACACUUGAGGACAUUGAAAAUGAUGAACUCUAUAACAUUGACGGAGGUAACAGGGGGCUGUAUGCCACCUUGGGCAGUCACAGCCAAUAUGCAAAAAUAUCGACAGAGGCAGAUUAA